AUGGAUAUUCUCGGAAGUAGCACUGUGAAGUCAGAUGAGGAGCUGAAUCGGCGUCUCGACGAUCUUAUCGCAUCUCCAGCGUGUGAUGUGACCCCAACAGUCGAUCGCUCGGUCCCCUUGGACGUACUCCGAGGGAGAAGUCGGGAUAAGGGCUCCUAUCCGAGGUCACCCUCUGGCGGCCAUACCUUGGGGACACUGCUACAGGAAGGCCAACACUCAGAUCACUACAUACCUAGAGCCCCUCGUCUGCCUGGCUACCCUGAUCCUCCGCCAGACGAAUGGGGUGACUGGGACGAGUACCGGGAUGACCGUGACCCCGGGUACCGCGUGCGAGAUGUGGAAGAGAACGAGCUUAUGCGGGAGAUAGCCCUCAAUGAGCGUCAGGGCAGAGGCAGUAUAGCUAGCCAUGCCCCUCCAACCCUUGAUGGACUUGAUCGGCCCUCGGGCGAUACCAACGUUGGAGUGGAUGACGAUGAUGAGCUGCUGCUGGCCCAUCCUGUCGCCUCUGCUGUUGAUGGAAAUGCUUCACCUUCCACGUCAGAGGAAGGCAACCAUUCCUCGUGUUCUGAACCGGAGAAGCCUCCGAGUCCGUCAUUCGGAAGGUCAGGAGCGGACAUUCCUAAAGACCGUGUGCCGCCGGCCGAUACUUCACAACACUAUCCAUCAUCAUCACCAGCAGCGGCAGCAGCAGCAGCAGCGGGCCGAGUCACGUACCAGCUUGAGAUACGAUGCCUUUGGGAAAGCCCAUCGCGUUACUGUUGUGAAAGCUGA